UCUGAAUUUCACAGAAAUCUCUCUAUUCUCUCUUUCCCCUUUAUAACUGAUAACAAAUUUGUGCUCUCUGAUAACAAGAAGAUUGAAAAGCUAUAGAGAGGGAGGAAACUGUGGAAGAGCUCCGCCCGUAGACAGACGGUGAUAUUAUAAAAUAAUCGAAAACAAUGAAAUUCUUUGCUGAAGCCGACUCAGUCACAACAUAGUUGUUCUUCAAGAGAAAUAGUCUGCCAAAAUACGUCUAAUACUUGAUUUUUACAACGUAUAUUUCUAAGCUUGUGUAAGAUAAGUAUAUCAACGGCAAACAUGUCAAGAAGACUGUAUGAGAAUGAUUUACUAUCGUACUCGGGUUCCAACGAUGACGACAGUUUAACGAUUUUUACAACUAUAGACGAGAGUACGAAAAACUGGCUCAAAUGGUUGGAAGAUGCAUGGCAAUCAUACAAGAAGUGUGAUUUUAUAACUAAAAAGUUGACGGAUUUUUUUGAACGAGCAUGUAAUCCAUAUUUAAGCACAUUACAAGUACUUGUUAAUACUUCGGAUUUUAAAUAUAUAAAAACAAAUUCAUCGUUAGGAUUCACAGUUGUGACAGAAUUCGACAAAUGGUUAGAACCGAAUAAAGAGAUGUACAAAGAGUUCCUAGUGCUCGAUUUAAAGAUAGCAACCUUUCGUUUAAUUAUUAAGCAAAGAAACAUAGAGUUCAUUAAAGUGGUUGCUGCUACAUACGAGUUGGCAGAAGACAAAGAAGAGUUUAUUAAUAUAAUUAAGGAUAUUAUUCAAGAAAAGAAGUACAAAGAGGCAGCGCAGUAUGCAAGUAUAUUGCAAUUACAAGACCAUUUUUCGGAUCCAGAAUGCCUAGUAUUACCUCUCAUUCUGCAAAAUAAAUUAACAGUUGUAGAAGACUUCCUAAAUAACUGUCCUCAUUUGCAAAGGGAUUUAGUCUUAUACUUGGAUAACUUAAUGAAUGAGAACAUGCGCCAAACUCUAAAUGAUAUAAUCACAAGAAACGAUAUACCAGAUACAAAACUCACAGUAACACCAAAAUCAAUGUCUAAAGUAAUAGCACGUUUCGUUAAAUUAUAUAAUCUUCCACAAGAAUCUUGUCCUAACUUAAAUAAAAAACGAUGCGAAGGUGCUUUGCAGUUCUUCAUACAUAAGCGUUAUGAGGAAUCUAGUAUAAGUACCGACAGUUGGAGAGAGAUGGUCCAAGAGAACGUAGGAAAUGAUCGAACGUUACAGUUAGCCAUGAUAAGAAUGCUUAUUAACGUGAGGGAUGCCGCUGAGGGUCUGUAUUGGGCUAAAAGAUUUAAUAUACCAGAAGAACAGUGGCCAUGGGCGAUUUCAUAUGAACAAUCGUUACUUGAACCUGUGAAUGACGGGGCAUCCACGAGUAAAACGGAUGAGAAUAACUCUGAAGAUUAUCAUGAAUUGAGAUUAUCAAGGAAUUGUGUGAAAGUCAUUAAUGAUGCAAAGAGUUUCGAGGAAUUUCUUGAUUCGGGAUUGAAAGAUGUUUUCAUUGUUGGAAUUGAUUCAGAGUGGAAGCCUUGUUUCGGUACGAAACAAACCGAAGUGGCAUUAAUACAAAUAGCUACGAAAACGAAUGUCUACAUAUUGGACGUCUUUUCUAUAGGAAAUCAAUUGCAGGAAUUAUGGACUGAACUGUCCUUGAUGCUGUUCGAAAACAAAGAUAUAUUAAAACUUGGAUUUGGUAUAAGCCAGGAUAUGACGGUCAUACGCAAUACUCUCCCUGCAUUAUCGAAAGUAAAAAUGCAUGGACAAGGAUACUUAGAUAUUGUGAAUUUGUGGAAAAAGUUAGUGGAGGAUUAUAAAUAUAAAUCUGUAUCUUCCCAAGGUGACUGUGAUGAAACUACUGGCAAACACAGUUUAAGUUAUAUCACGGAAAUUUGUCUAGGAAAGAAAUUAAAUAAGUCUGAUCAAUUUUCUAAUUGGGAGCAUCGACCACUUAGAGAAAGUCAGAUAAUAUAUGCGGCGUUGGACGCGUACUGUUUAUUGGAAAUUUAUGAAACUUUGGAAAAACAGUGUGAAAAAUUUGAUAUACCAUUUUUCGAAAUCUGCUUAGAACUGCAACAUGUCGCACAUCAAUCGCCAAAGAAAAAUAUAAAGUGGCAACCACAGAAAGCAAAUGUGAUUAAAAACGAGACACCAAACUAUGGUAGACAAUUAAAUUACCAAAGAGAUUUUACACAACAAGGAAACGCAAGCAACUUCCGGAAACCGUUCAAUCAAAACGAACAUAGUUUACAACAUACUUUAUACAAAACAGCACAACCUCAUUCUUCAAAAAGACAUAUGCCUUUGAGUAGACAGUACCAUACAAAUACAAUGGAUCAUCAAAUAAGGCAAACCAAUUAUGGAAGCAGAUUGCAAGAAUUACCUCAACCAAUGAUGAAAAACGAAUACACACCAGCACACAAAUGGCAUGUUAUUUGCGAUUCAAUGUUAGGUGGACUAAUGACCAAAUUACGAAUGUGUGGUUGCGAUUGUGUUUACAUUCAAAAUGAUGAAGGUGGAGUACUAUCUGCUAAACUUGCUAUGCGCGAAAAUAGAGUAUUCUUGACACGUAACAAAGGUUAUCUAAAGUUCUUACAAUAUCUACCACCUGGAAACUGUUAUUUCGUUAUUCAUGAUACGCCUGAAGAACAGCUACGGGAAGUAUUACAGCUUUUUAAAAUAGCGGUAUGGCAAAAACAUAUAUUCAGUCGUUGCCAAAUUUGUAAUAGUGACGAGUUUGCGAAAGUACCAAAAUCAAUAAUGGACAAACUUCUCAAGAGUUUUGCUCAAGUAAUACGUGAAAACGGCUAUCGCGUUCAACCAGAUUCGGUGGAUAUAGUGUUAUUAAACUCGAGCAGUGAUAAUUCACAAUACAUGAAUAACGAUGCUCUACGUGAAGAUCGUACGUGGACAUUGAGCAGGAAUUCUGUAAAUAUUAAUGCGUGUACCACUAAGUAUGAUGCAAGGAUACAAGUUGACAAAAUACCCAGAAACGUAUUAAAAUAUGUAAACAAUUUUUAUGUCUGUGAACAAUGUGGGAAGAUAUAUUGGAACGGAUCGCAUUUGGAACGUACGCUCAAUGGUGUUAUUAAAGAUCUUAUUGUUCCUGCGUGGACUUAGAUUGUAUAUCAUACAAAGUUAUCUUCUUUUACUGUCAAGUAUUAUUUACGUUACUUUCUGAUGAUCUUUAGUCUAAACAGUUUUUAAACUGGACAUUAUAUGGGGCGAGUUCAAGUGAUAUAUUGUUUAUUUCUAUGUGGAUACACUUUACUAUUUAAUCUGAUACCAUCUAUUUUGUUACUUAUGAAAAAUGCCGUAACUAUGAAACAGUGAAAAUAUAACAAAUAGAAGCCGUCAUGUUAAGUGCGUUAAAUCUUUAAGUGUACUAAUUUUAUUUUUGUAAAUUUUUCAACGUAUACAAAUAUGUAUACAUAUAUGUGUAUGCAUAGAUACUAUGCAUAUGUAAGAUAUUCUUUUUCUUUCGUACUACAAGUAGGUUUAAAUACAACCAGAAUACCAAAAUAGUUGAUUUUAUAAUUCUAUAUUUUUGUUUUUGAUAAUAUGAAAAUGGUAUAAAUGAAACAGUUCUAUUUUUUGUUCUUUGUAAAAGGAAAAAUGACAUGCCAUUAACAAAAGGGAUGUAUCAUUAAAAAUUGAUAUAAUAAAGUAUGUGUUAAAAUCA